UUAUCCAAUAAAAGGCAUUUGAAUUAUAGAUUUUGAGGAAACACACAGGUAGCUUGUCCUGUUUGUUUAUGGCUGGAAAAUAAGGCUCCAGAGGAAAAACUCAGUUUGUACCCAGGUAAAAAUCCAGAUUGCAGCUGUUUUGAUGUGCAACCAACUCAAGUUAGCAGCAGCCCUCAGGAACUGAUCAAGUUUAAACUUGUUGCACACUCUCAGUUAUCUUGCACUAGAAGAUGAUAAAAGGAUAUUUCCUAAAUUGCCAGAGGAUUAAAAGUGAAUCUAAAUAUUCCUGGACUAUUUCACCACUCAUUAACCUUAUCACUACCUUAUUUCCAUUACUCCUUAUUUUUUAAUAAUUCUAGAUUUUACUGAGUAGUUCUGAAGACCAACAUUUUACCUACAAAAUGGUUCAGCUGACAGCUUCUCCUCUGAGUGCACUUGCUGAUGAGCCCGUCCAUAUCCGCGUUACAGGCCUGAGUCCUUUCAAGAUGGUGAGUCUUCAGGCAUCACUGAGAGAUGAAAAGGGGAACCUGUUUUAUUCUGAGGCCUACUAUAAGGCCAAUGAAGCUGGUGAGGUAGAUUUGGAGCGUGAUGCUGCACUUGGAGGUAACUAUGUGGGAAUCCACCCCAUGGGACUCCUCUGGUCCUUGAAACCUGAAAAGCUGUUAACAAGACUGAUAAAAAGAGAUGUGAUAAAUAGCCCAUUCGAGGUCCAAUUAAAAGUUUGUGAACCACGUCCUCCAGUAAAAUCUGAAUUGACCAGUGCUCCAAUUGCCAGCCUGACCCUGGAAAGGUGGUACGUGGCACCUGGUGUCACACGGAUCCAGGUGAGGGAAGGCCGCCUCCGGGGAGCCCUCUUUAUUCCUCCAGGAGAGGGCUCUUUCCCAGGGGUAAUUGAUUUGUAUGGCAAUACUGGUGGACUUGUUGAAUUCAGGGCCAGUCUUAUGGCCAGUCAUGGAUUUGUCUCAUUGGCCUUAGCUUUUUUGGCCUAUGAAGACCUGCCUGGCCACCUGGAAAAAGUAGAUUUAGACUAUUUUGAGGAAGCUGCUAACUUUCUCCUGAGACAUCCUAAGGUCUAUGGCCCAGGCCUUGGGAUAGUCUCCUUAUGUAAAGGAGCAGAGAUUGGACUGUCUAUGGCUAUUCAUCUAAAACAAAUCACAGCCACAGUGCUGAUUAAUGGGCCUAACUUCAUUAUUUCAAUUCCACAAGUAUACCAUGGUCAGAUCACUCAGCCUGCACCCUUCUCUAUAGAGAAUAUAUCCACCAAUGCCUUGGGAUUUGCAGAGUUUUAUAAGUCUUAUGAGGGAAGUGGAGUUGAGAAUAGUCAGUCUGUUCUUCCCAUUGAAAAAGCCAAGGGACAUUUCCUCUUCAUUGUGGGAGAAGAAGAUAAGAAUAUCAAUGCCAAAGUACAUGCUGCACGAGCCACUGACCAGCUGAGGAGAAAUGGGAAGAACAAUUGGACCCUGCUGUCUUACCCUGGGGCUGGCCACCUGAUAGAACCUCCCUAUACUCCACUGUGCAUUGUUUCCAGGAUCUCUUUAUUGUCGUUACCCAUUCACUGGGGAGGAGAAGUUGUCCCACAUGCAGCAGCACAGGAACAUGCUUGGCAGGAAAUCCUAAAAUUUCUCAGGAAGCACCUCAUUCCAGAGGUGACCAGUCAACCUUGAGAAGACUGGGUAUAGUUGGGAAGUAGAGAAGUAAAUCUGUGUCCUGCAGCUUCUUUUGAUUUUCAUGGAAACAUGACUGUUCUCUUACAGCUAAAAAAAGGAAGUUAUUAUAAGAAAAUAUCAGGAUGAGUGAGAAUUCUAAUGUCUUGAUUUUUGAAAAGGAACAAUGGUUUCCACUUAAUGAUAUAUGUACCGAGAGUUGUAUAAUAUAGAAAUAAACACACAGCUAUACCUGCUCUAAAAUAUUCAGCAUCAUAGCAAUUCUCAAAUGCAGCAAUUAUAGGAGAAAAAUUUGCCAAUAGUGAAUCACAGAAUUGCAUACUGAUUUUUGUUAAUUUCCUAAAAUUCAAAUUAAAUAAACAUAGAUUUCUCAUGUUUGAAAUAU